CGGACGCGGCGAUGCUAAACGACGCUGUUUCGAAGGCUCGUGAGGUUUUGUUCGAGAAGGCUGUUACGCCGAGUGACGUCGGGAAACUGAACCGUUUAGUGAUCCCGAAACAACACGCGGAGAAGCAUUUUCCGUUACCGGCGAUGACGACUGCGACGGGGAUGAAUCCGUCUCCGACGAAAGGUUUGUUGAUCAACUUGGAAGACAGGACAGGGAAAGUGUGGCGGUUCCGUUACAGUUACUGGAACAGCAGUCAAAGCUACGUGUUGACCAAGGGGUGGAGCCGGUUCGUUAAAGAGAAGAAUCUGCGAGCCGGUGAUGUGGUUUGUUUCGAGAGAUCUACCGGACCAGACCGGCAAUUGUAUAUCGACUGGAAAGUCCGGUCUAGUCCGGUUCAGACUGUGGUUAGGCUUUUCGGAGUCAACAUUUUCAAUGAUAGACCAAACGGCGUCGCAGUGGACUGUACUGGUGGCAAGAAGAGAUCUCGGGAUGAUGAUUUGUUUUCGUUAGGGUGUUCCAAGAAGCAGACGAUCAUUAACAUCUUGUGACAAUUUCCAUUUUUUUUUUAAAAAUUGUUUUUCUUUUUUACUUUUCUUUUCUCUAUUAAAUUGGCAAGUUGUAAAUUAGGACAUGACAAGAAAAAAAUGACAACUAGAGAAAAUAGUUUUUGUUUACAUCUAAUUAGGGUUUGUUUUUCACCCUUUGCUGAAAUAUUAUGAAGUGUUUAGUUUCCACCUU